CAUUUACUUCUUCUUGCUUGGAAGCUGAACUUUUGAGGAAAAUGGGGCAUUGAGCAGGCUGGCACCCCCCACGCUAUCAUGACUACUGACACUUACCUGGUGAACGACGAUCCAACUAGAGGCCCAGGGAUGCCUGAAUGUUUCCUCGUGUCCGAUACUUACAGGGAUGAAUUCCAUCCCUUCAUCGAGGCCCUCCUGCCCCACGUCCGCGCAUUCGCCUACACCUGGUUCAACCUGCAGGCCCGCAAGCGCAAAUACUUCAAGAAGCACGAGAAGCGCAUGUCCAAGGAGGAAGAGCGCGCCGUGAAGGACGAGCUUCUCGGGGAGAAGCCAGAGAUUAAGCAGAAAUGGGCCUCGCGCCUGCUGGCCAAACUCCGUAAGGACAUUCGGCCCGAGUUCCGUGAGGACUUUGUGCUCACCAUCACAGGCAAGAAGGCCCCCUGCUGCGUGCUGUCCAACCCCGACCAGAAGGGCAAGAUCCGCCGCAUCGACUGCCUGCGUCAGGCCGACAAGGUGUGGCGGCUGGACCUGGUCAUGGUCAUCCUGUUCAAAGGCAGCCCCCUGGAGAGCACGGACGGGGAGCGGCUGGUCAAGUCUCCCCAGUGCACCAACCCCGGCCUGUGCGUCCAGCCGCACCACAUCGGUGUGUCCGUCAAGGAGCUGGACCUCUACCUGGCCUACUUCGUCCACACGCCAGAAUCUGGACAAUCAGACAGCUCUAGCCAACAGGGAGACGCAGACAUCAAACCAUCUCCUAAUGGACACCUGAGUUUUCAGGACUGCUUCGUCACCUCAGGUGUGUGGAAUGUGACCGAGCUGGUCCGGGUGUCACAGACUCCUGUAGCCACAGCGUCGGGGCCUAACUUCUCAUUGGCUGAACUGGACAGCAGUCCCAGCUACUACAACAUUAACCAGAUGGCUCUGGGGCGACGCUCGCUCACCUCCCCCCCCUCCACCAGGUCUGAGGUGGAGUUGUAUGCAAAUCUUCCACGGAGCUCCACCAAGAGGAAGUCUGAAGACGACAGUGAGCUGGACAGCCCCACAGACGAUGGUUUUUAUCAUGGACGUUCAUCCGCCGCCAGCUCUUCCCAGUCCAGUGCUUGGCCCAAUGACAUGGAUGCAGUGCAGCACCAUUUGGCGAGUGUGCAGGAGAGGAAGAUAAAACAUGAAAACGAUGGCGUGCAGUUUCCUUACCAUGGACUGUCCUCGCCUGGUUCACUUAAGAAGCCGGGGAAGUUUGAUUUCAACGCCCUGACUUCUCAGACGAGAUCCCCCCGCAUGGCGUUCACGCACCACCCGCUGCCUGUGCUGGCAGGAGUGAGACCAGGGAGUCCUCGUGCCCCAGCCUCAGCUCUGCACUUUCCUUCCUCCUCCAUCAUUCAGCAGUCCAGCCCGUACUUCACCCACCCCACCAUACGCUACCAUCACCAGGACCCGCUCAAGGACUUUGUGCAGUUUGUGUGCACCGACGGCACAGGGCAGCCCAGUGCACAGCCUAAUGGAGGUGGCCAGAGCAAAAUGCCGGGCUCCUUCCUGCUGCCCCCGCCACCCCCAGUGGCACGCCCUGUGCCCCUCCCUAUGCCCGACUCUAAAACCAUCAGCACGCCCACUGACGGCGGACUCAGCUCACCCACAUUUCCGUCAUACUCCACGCCAGGCUCCACAGCUCCCAACCGGUUUGUCGGCAUCGGAACACAGGACAACUUUCUGAAUGUCCCCCAGCAGACUCAGUCCUGGUUCCUCUGACACGCCUCUCUGAAUCGACAGCUGUCAUGAAAAUUGGAAAAUUGAAAAACAAACACGUCGCCGCUGAUAAAGAACUAAAUGCUGACACUAAAGGUCCUUCUUGCCAAACACUAUUGGAAGUCCUACUUCAGAACCUGAGCUCCCCCCUCCCUCACCCGCAGGAUCCCCACCCCCACUUUGACUCCAUUCAGAUAGGAACAUUUAUCCCUCUUGAUGCAGGAGGUGUUGUGAGGAUGAGAGGACAUGGAUGAGGAAGAGGAGGAUGAUGAUGAACUGUUUCACAAACACUUUGAAACUGUCAGAAAGAAAAGACGAUGUAGAAACCUGACAAAUGACCAAUUAAGCAUUUGUUUUUCUUUUAUAUACACAUAUACAUAUAUUUAAAGACAUAUAAUUUUUUAUUUCAUUUUGUUGUCUCCACAAUGAAACUCCAUUGGCUGGGAGAUCCAAACAAACAACAAGUAUUGGUAAGCAAAGGGGAGGACAGAUGUGCAGCUCACACAUCUGUCCUCCAUGAUCACCACCCUCAUCCCAUCUCACUUGGAGCUCAACGUUGCUUGGGGCCAAAACCAUAACCACAGCCGAGCGUCUGCGCUGCUCCGUUGGCUCCGCCCCCCACCCCGAUCGUCCUCCAUUUCCAAUUGGCCAAUCAUGGUUACACCAUCCAAUGGUGUGACGUAUAUGCACUAAGUGACUGCUCUCCGUUUACCUCUCGCAGAAUCAGUGUUGGAGAAGUGAUGGCCACGAGGCGGGUGCAGAAAGCCAACCCAUACGCUGCACAUGCCCCUUCAUCCCCCCACCUAUGCACUAUUAACAAUCAAACCAGGGAUGCAAGCUGUGCACAGCAGUGGUCAGACUAGCGAGCGGAGGUCAGCUGCCUCUGCACAGAUGAAGCUGCGGUAACAUUCAGGUUUUGGCCCUGAAAUAUGUAACACAUACACACAUGCACACACAUUUGGCAGAGCAUCAACUUUAGAACAGUCCCGCACAAACACAAAUAAUGCACACACAGCAUCAGCUUCAGAUUAUUAGCUUUAAUUUAAUUUCUUGAGACUGCUUCUUCUUUUCCAGACUUGGUUAGGGUUAGGUUUGAACAUCGUCCUCUGUUCAACACACGCUUUCAUUAAGUGGGGAGUGGUGGCGCAGAGGUUAGAGAAGAUGGCCUGUGAUCAGAAAGUUGCAGGUUC